GGAGUCUGGAUCGCAUCCUCCUGCAUCUGUGAUCGCAGUAAAGUGUCGUGAGGAAUAGAGAGUCACUGUUUCCUCAAAGUUAUUUGUGGUUUUCGACCAAGCAAAGCAUCCUUCCUCACCCAGGAACCAUUAUCACGGAACGAGCCUGCAGUUCAAGGCCAUCAUGCCAGGUACAACUGAGACUCUGCAGUUUAGUUUGCCCAACCAUGGGGACUCCAUGCUCAGCAAAAUGAAUGAUCUGAGAGAAGAACGUCGCUUCUGUGACAUCACACUCAUCUUGGGGGCACCGCAGGACUCUGCUGUCCAGCCUCUCCAGUUCCAAGGUCACCGAGUGGUGCUUGCAGCCUCCUCAGACUUCCUGCGUGAUCAGUUCCUGCUUCACAAAGGCCGAUCAGAGCUGAGCAUGGCUGUUGUUUCCAGCGUGAAUGUUGCCAAGACACUACUCCUGUCCUGUUACACUGGGCUCCUAGAGGUCCCCCUGCGAGAGCUGGUGAGCUACUUGACUGCAGCCAGUGUACUCCAGAUGAGCCAGGUGGUGGAGAAGUGCAUCCAGGCUAUCUCUCACUACCUCAGUCCCACCAUGUCUUUCCUGAAUCUGGCUGGACGUUCAGAGGAGAAGGAAACCCAGCAGCUUAACAGCAGGUGGCCGAGUUCCAGCUUAGAAAAUCAGAAGGAAAGGGAUGCGGCCCUGCCCGCCACUAGCUUCCAGAAAGCAAAUACCACGGAAGCUGGAACAGUCAUGAUACACUCCAGAAGACAUCUGUCCAAAAGUCAUUUUACUGCAGAUAACUCAGACAGCGCAGUGUUUCAAAAGCCAUACUUGUGCAGGAAGUGUGAAAAAGUCUUUCAGCACUUUGAGAGCUAUGUGGGCCACCUGAAAGAGCACAGACAGUAUUUCUGUUUGGUCUGUGGAAAAGUCUUUUCUCACAAGAAUAACCUGACUCACAUACGCGUCCACUCUGGUAUCAAGCCUUUUAGGUGCCCUCUGUGCCACAUGACAUUUACCCAGAAGGCCAUGCUGCAACACCACUUCAAUCUCCACAUAGGGGAGAAGGCCCCAUUAGUAUAA